AUGACCGGUGAAAAAUCCAAGGACCAGAAGAAGAACCCCAUUAGUAUAUACCAGCGCCUGCACAGGGCAAAGAUAUGCCUGAAGCAUUUCUCUGCCAACCAGGGCCGCAUUGGGGACCUGAUGCUUUCUAGCACCGGCUACCCUGCCACUUUACUGAGCGCACUGCUUGCGACGAGGGCGCCUGGUCUGUCUGGUAAUCUCAAAAGUUUGUCGGCGGCAAUUUCAGACUAUCGGAUGUUCUGGCGUGUAUUUCACACCCCGGCUACAAUCGAAUGGGCUCUCGAUUUGCUACUGGACAACAAACAGUCCGACGGGUUGCUGCGCUGGAGCGACUACAUCCAGGCAGUGUCAGGCGUCGGCUACCAGGUGUUGGAGGACGUUGCCUAUUUGGCAAUGAAGGGCGUGCUGCCCAUUUCCAGCGCUCGCCAAGCCGACAUCUGGGUAGUGUCUUGCUUGUUCUGGCUGGUGCAUGUCGCCCUAGAGCUGCUGAAGGCAGCGUACUUCCGGAUUAGCAAAAAACCCGUCAAUUCGCUCAACCUACUUGUUAACCUGGCAUGGGCACCUCUCACCGUGCACUGGUCCACAUAUACAGGACUGUUUGAGCCUCAAUGGGUUGGUUUGUUGGGAUCCAUUGCCUGUGUUCCUCGACUUAUCGCAGCGUUGCGUUAG